UUGUUCUUUUUCAUGCCAACAAGAUGGAGGCCUUGUUUGGGCUUUAUUUCAACGUGCUUGAGUUGCCAAAUAUCAAGAUAAAAAAGCCAGGAUGGCUCAAGACGCCAUCUGCCAUGGUAGUUUUUGCUUUUGUGGUCCUUUCAUACUUCUUGGUGACUGGUGGAAUAAUUUACGAUGUAAUAGUUGAACCACCAAGCAUUGGAAGUACAACUGAUGAGCAUGGAAACAGUAAACCGGUUGCUUUUAUGCCUUAUCGAGUCAAUGGACAGUAUAUUAUGGAGGGUUUGGCAGCCAGUUUUAUGUAUUCUCUUGGUGGCCUCGGUUUCAUUAUCUUGGACAAAUCAAAUGCACCAGGCUUGCCAAAGCUUAACAGAUUUCUACUGCUUGCUCUUGGAUUUAUUUGUGUUAUUGUUGCUUUUGUUUGCUGCAGAAUUUUCAUGACAAUGAAAUUACCAGGUUACCUUUCAAGCUAUUAAAGAAUUUGAGUGUCAAUCUUUAAAUUGUGGCUGCUGCAGUAUAUAGGUACAAUAAAUUUUGUCAUAUCACCUUUCUUUACUGUUUAUAAGAAGUCUAAAUAUGAUGGUGCUACAAAUUA